AUAAUUUACGAGAAAAGCCCUAAAUUAAUUUGUUCGUAUUUCUGUAGCUUUGAGCUGACAAUGAACAUUUAGGGCUUUUCUUGCAAACUCUAUAACUUUGCAAAGAAAGAUCGUGUAGAGCUCGGAGAGGUCUCAUUUUAAUCAGAAAUCUGCGGGCUACAAUCCUGCCUCAUUUUAACAAAGGUUUUGGUUAUUUUUUAGGAGUUCUGAAAAACUGGUUUUCCAGAAAUCCGGUCUCUGAAGACCUAUCGACCAAAAUGAUUGUUAUAUUCGGAAUCAGUGUCCUCGAUUACCUCUGACCCACUAGUUUUAGCCCGAAAGCGAUUUUCAAUCUGGGGAGGUUCCCUCGUUAGCCGAAUAAAUCGCCACGGUCUUAUCAUAGUUAAUAGGUUGAUUCGUAAGGACUCAGUAGUAUUCCAAAUCAAAAAAAGAACCCAAACGUUUUUCAACAUCUAACGCUUGCCUGAUAUACUUAAUCCCCAUCUGUCCCGCUAGCACACACGCUAAAUCAUCAGCUCAUAAUAUUAAUAUGAACAUAUCGACAUCAUAAGUAAUAAAGAGAGUACGCAUAAAGCAUGAACCUAGGGGGCCUCCUCUAAAAAUAUUAAACCAUCUCGAUCGAAUGCCGUUAACUUCUAAAAACGCUCGUUGUCCCUUAAGCCACGCUACAAUCGAUUGACGAUAACUUUUAGGGAUCCCCAUUUAAGCAAGUUUAUCAGUACAGCCUUUCCACCAAAGCUGAUCAAAAGCCGAUCUAAAGUCGACAAAAACUGUAGCGACUGGGGCAGAAUUCGCCAUAUAAGAUGAGAUUUGUUCAACUAACGUUAACACUCUAGUUUGUAAACGAAAACCGAGUCUAAACCCUGACGGUGUAUCAGGCAGUACACCUCUUCCUUGUAAAAUUGUUUGAAAUCUGACCAAAAAUAAUCUCUCAAGAACUUUUAGAAAGGUGUCUAACAAUGAUAUAGGUCUGGUACCACUAAUCGCACAAACCGCUUCUUUUCGCUAAUAAAAUUAUGCGCACUUCUUUCCAAAAGGAUACUAACUCAAAGUCGAUAAAAGUUUUAUUAAACAGGUUUAAUAAUAGUGACCAGAAUUCUAGAGGAAUAAACUGUAACAUAUGAGGUGAAAUACCCUGCGCAUCACAAGAGUGUUUUGCCUUCAUGGAUCUCACCACCUUAAUUAAUUUGAGAAAGGUGAUCAAUGGAAUAUCUCCACUUUCGUUUUCCCAUUCAAUUAACCGUUGAAGGUCUAAAUAUGGAUGAGGUCGAUAUACUGUAGGCUCAACAAAGAGAUCCUCAUAAUAGUCAACAGUUAAGUCAACCAUUAAAACAGGAUCGCGAAUAACCGUACUUCCAUUAUUAAUUGAAAAUGCAUGAAAAGAACUUGCCGCUCUAGAAUGUUCUUGUUUUAGACAAAAAUGAAAUGGAUUGAGAAGAGGAAAUAUUUCUUUACGAAAAAGAACUUGCUAAUUCAGCAGCAAGAAAAUCUUUAAGCGACUUGCGAAUGUCAAACCUCAACUUAUGUAUCAGAACUCUCAGCUCUUGGUCACCCAUUUUACGUAAUCUAAACGACAGAGCCCUUAGGUACGAUAGAUGACUUCUAAGUUCACGAAGAAUAGAUAAACGGUAUUUGUUAAGAGGAAAGUACGUAGUACAUCUCACAGAAAGAAAAAAAGUAAGUUCACUAAAUUCGCGUAUUCAAUAUUGACAUCUGUUAAGGUCCAUUACUUCUUCCAAAAGAAAAAAAUAGUAGAGAAAAUCAGAGAGAAAAUCAGAAGAAAUAUUUCUUUCUACAAAAGUAUAAAAAGCAUGGCUUAAUACAAAAAGGUUUACGGAUACGUUCAAAACAUUUUAAUUCACAUCGCGCUGAUCAAAUAUGUUUAAUUGCGAGCCAGAAAUUACUUAAUAGUACAAUUCGUCAAAAUUUUACAAAGAUGUAUUCAUUAAAAUUAGAAUUAAGAAUGAUAGGUCAACAAUUUAAAGAAUUAAACGUCGAUUUAAAUGUUAUACCAAUUUUGGAGUAAAGAUAACAAUAGUGAUAUUGUGAAAUUACGUUCAAUGUUGAAACAAAAAUUGUUUAAAAAGUAUAAUUAUUUACUUAAUGAAGCUCGUUAUAUAUAUAUAAUAAAUCUUUAGCGCCAACAACAGUACCAAUAAUAGCAAAUCAUCCUGAUUCGCGUAUUAUUGGAUCUUACAACUCGAAAAUUGUCUCAAUGGGAAAGCAAUGUAUUAGAGUUAGGACUAAAUUUUAUACCAACUACUGGCAUUAAUACAACUAAAUAUGUGACACGGGUGAUAGCUGGUAUUGAAUCUGAUUUGUAUAAAAACGACUCAAUACAAAAAGAACAGAUUGUUUCAGAUGUAAGAAAUACUCUCGAUAGACAUUUGAAUCGAGCUAUUUUGACAGACAAAAAGAACAGAAAUGUUAAAAAAGAACAAGAAGGAGCAUUGAAAAGUUUAAAAGUCGAUGAUAGUAUUUUAGUAAUAUCAGCAGAUAAAGGUGGUAAAAUUGUAGCUAUGAAUACGUCAGAUUAUAAAGCUAAGAUAGAAGAGAAGUUAAGUAAUAGUAGUACAUAUACUAAAUUGAGUGAAAAUCCAACCAAAAGAUCAAGUAAAGAAUUAGUUGAGGAUUUGAACAAUAAAACGACAAAUUUAAAAUUUAUAUUCGAAUUCGAGAAAAAUAAUCAAUUACCAUUUUUGGAUGUUUUAAUUGCAAUUGACAAAGUAAACAAAAAAUUUACAACUAGCUGGUUUCGAAAAGAAACAGCAUCAAAUUACCUUUUGAAUUUUCAUUCGAAUCAUAAUUCAGCAAUCAAAAAUAAUAUCGUUAAAAAUAUGACAAAUCGUGUUUUAGUAGCCAACAAUGGCCACAAAAAUGAAAAACAUUUAAAUGAUUUGCAAAAAAUUUUAGAAAAUAGUCAGUUUCCAAAAAAUAUUAAAAAUAAAAUAAAAAAAAAGAAUAGCUCUGAAAUAGAAAACUCCAGUUCAGAAGAUGCGGACGAAGAAGAUUUAGUGGAUAAUUGCUGGGGCAAUGAAACAGAUAAUCAAGGUCAUUAUAGUGAAGAUAAUUUGUCAAAUGAAGACGAUGAUGAAUAUGUUUUAUCGAGAGAUUUAUCUCAAACACAAAGAGCGACAUUUUUGUGGUAUCCGGGUGUUUGA